AGGCUCGAGUCUGGCGGAGGAACAGCGGGGGGCAGCACCUUACAGUGCGGACUCCGCAGAGCGAGCGACGGGGCGGACGCGGAGGAGCCAUGUUGAUGCCCGGUUGUGCGUUUUUUCGGGUUUGGGCUCAAGGACCGCGGCGGCGAGGAGAGGGCUGCGAGCCAGCCUGGUGAUUGGAGUGAGUGGCCGGGGGAGGUGCGACUAGGAGCCCGGACAUUGACUCAAAAGCGACGGGAAGUUGGUGCUAGGUAGCAACAGCUGUGCGGGGGACUAACCCGACACGUAAAAAUAGCAGCCUUCCCCGGUUGUUUCCCCACCACUUCACCCCAUUUGUCCGACUAGAGAGCUUUUGUGACGGUGACGAGAAACAACAGGGAGGAGGAAACGUCCCUACCCGGAGCUAGCUUAGCCUAGCACCGUUAGCAUGUGAGCUUGGCGUUCUUCUCCCUCCGAGUCACGACCGUCAUUUCGGGGAUAUAAACUUCAUAGCGUGGCGGCCCCGGAUGAGCGUUUUGUACCGGUCCCCCACAUAGCUCGUGUAGCACCCCCUAAAUGUGGAGUAUUAUGGAGAUCUGUUGCGUCUCUGUUGGAUUCGCCUGGCUAGUGAGCUAGGCUAGGCUAAAUUUCCGAGAGAGAGAGAGGCCGGGCGGACUUCCUCCUCUUCCCCCUCCUCGUCCUCAGCUCCCCGGUCGUCGUUGUCGUCGUCGCCCCCCUACUCGAAGCGACAAGCUGGCGGCCCCCCAAGUAGAAGGCGAGGACAAGGAGUUGGGCCCCAUGGCCUGGGUGCUCAAAAUCGACGACGCCACCAUCGAGUCGGGGCUGGUGCACGACUUCGACGCCAGCCUCUCGGGCAUCGGCCAGGAGUUGGGGGCGGCAGCCUACAGCAUGAGCGAUGUGCUGGCCCUGCCCAUCUUCAAGCAGGAGGACUCCAGCCUCCCUCCGGAGAGUGAGAGCAAGAACCCUCCAUUCCAGUAUGUUCUCUGCGCCGCCACCUCGCCGGCCGUCAAGCUGCACGACGAGACGCUCACAUACCUCAACCAAGGCCAGUCUUACGAGGUGCGCAUGUUGGACAACAGGAAGUCCGGAGAGUUACCGGAACUCACCAACAAGAUGGUGAAGAGCACAGUGCGAGUGGUGUUCCACGACCGGCGGCUUCAGUACACGGAACAUCAACAGCUUGAGGGAUGGAAGUGGAACCGUCCCGGUGAUCGCUUACUGGAUAUCGAUAUUCCUAUGUCGGUGGGCAUCGUGGAGCCCAAGACGCACCCCUCCCAGCUCAACGCCGCAGAGUUCCUGUGGGACUUGAACAAGAGAGCGUCGGUCUUUGUGCAGGUCCACUGCAUCAGCACCGAGUUCACGCCGCGAAAGCACGGGGGCGAAAAGGGCGUCCCCUUCAGGAUUCAGAUCGACACCUUUGCGCCGGGAGAAGCCGGCGACUACGCCGAGCACCUGCACUCGGCUUCCUGCCAAAUUAAAGUCUUCAAGCCAAAAGGGGCGGAUCGCAAGCAGAAAACUGACCGGGAAAAGAUGGAGAAGCGCACUGCUCAGGAGAAGGAGAAGUACCAGCCUUCGUACGAUACCACUAUCCUGUCCGAGACGAGACUGGAGCCCAUCAUUGAGGAAGCGGGCGACCACGAGCUGAAGAAGUCCAGCAAGCGGACGCUCCCGGCCGACUGCGGCGACUCCCUCGCCAAGAGAGGCAGCUGUUCCCCAUGGACGGACAGCGCCUACGUGGCCCCCAACCAGGCAGCUACUCCCUCCUUCACGUCCACGCCUCUCUCCACCUACGCCACCACCACGACCCCCAACUCCUCGCUACCCGACAGCGACUCGUCCUCACCCAAUCACCAGGCGGAACCUGGCACCCACGCCGGCACAGAGCAGUUGAGUCCUGCCGCGUCCAUUCAAGACACACAAAAAUGGCUGCUGAAAAACCGAUUCAACUCAUACGCGCGACUCUUCACUCACUUCUCAGGUUCUGAUUUGUUAAAGCUAACCCGGGACGACCUGGUCCAGAUUUGCGGUCCCGCAGACGGAAUCCGACUCUUCAAUGCACUCAAAUCAAAAUCCGUGCGUCCUCGUUUGACCCUGUACGUGUGUCAGGAGUCCCCUCAGCACAGCCCCCUGCUGGAGAGACACGCCAGCAGCGAAAACGGCGAACAGGGUGUCACGCCCAGUUUACACGUGUACCACGCUCUGUACCUGGAGGAGCUGACGGCAGCCGAGCUGAUCCGCAAGAUGGCUAGCGUGUGUUGCCUCCCGCUGGGGACCAUAAACCAGGUGUACAGACAAGGACCCACUGGCAUUCACAUCCUGCUCAGCGACCAGAUGGUGUACAACUUGACGGACGAGAGCUGCUUCGUCAUCAGCACCGUCAAAGACGAGCAAGGCGAAGGACUCCAUCUCAUCCUGAAGUAGGCCAUGACCACCCACCGUCUUUCCUUUUUAACCUCCCUGCUCUCAAUCGGAUGGACGAGCAAGACCACAGAAGAAAAGAGGCGUGUAAAAAUGUUAGAAUCUGACAUGCGGGGGAUGUUUCCACUGUUUCAUAUUGAAAACACACCAAGAGGAGAGAGGCGCUGGCUGGCUGGAGAGCUUCUUCGUCGUUUGUUUUUGGGCUUUUUACGUUUUGUUGUUGUUUUUUUAAUAUGUCACGCAAGCGGCUAGGCCAGUACGGAACGGCAUUUUUUGCUCGCCUUCCCGAUUGAGAAGAAGCAGGGUGGUCGUCAUCUUAAUGACCUCGGUGAAGUUGGCCCCCCAUCAUUCGUAAAUUUAUAUAAAAAUGAUGUCAAUUGUUUGUGUUGCUAUCGUUUUUAAGGUAUGUACAAUUCGUUUAUAGGUCAAUCUGAGGUCAACCAGCCCCCCCAUUUUGAUUAAAAAUGGUUAAAAAGUGUUUGUGCUUCAUUUGUGCUAGUAAAAGUUUUGUUUGUGCGGGACUGGUUGACUUCAGAUUGACGUGUAAAAGAAUUGUAAAUAUAUUAAAAAACGAUAGCAGCACAAACAUUUGACAUCAUUUUUAUAUAAAUUUGUGUCUGAUAGGGGGUGGCGACUUCAGGGAGGUAUCUUAAUGUUAUGGAAAUUAUGUGAGCGUCCAAAUUUUUUUUUUCCGCCUGUUACUCGCCGAUUUUUAGUCGCCGUUUGCUCGAUUUAGACCAGGUUCGUCGUCAAUGGAGGACCAAAUAAUUUUUGAGAGAGUCACUUUUUUUUGGUUUGUUUGUUCGCGCGUCGGUGCACGAGAAGCUCGUCAGCGGCGUCCUACGGACAUCACGGCAGCUCCACGUCCGAUCCUUGGAAUUUUAUCAUUUUUUUUGUUUUUAUGUAUGUAGAGCGGCAAAGCGAGCGCGGAAUGAAUAGAUGAAAAAUGUCUCGAAAUGUUUGGGCCACGCUGAUAAGAAAAUAUUGUUUAAACGACAGGAAUUUAAGUGGGUUCUUUUGUAUUGUAUUUGUAUUUUUGUGUCUGUGCGUUUAAUUCAUUGGCCAACCUAUUUGAAUAUUCGUUGGCUGCCAGCCCACCCAGUUCAAACGGAUUCGACGUUUACUAGUGAUUAGCAGUUCAUUUAUAGAAACACGAUGGAAAAAAAGCAACUUAAUUGGACGUCCAUCAUCGCCAAUGGAGGAUUUAUUUUUUAUGUUUGGGGGGGGGGGGCAAAAAAUGUUUUUGGGGGCGAGAAUGUUGUAUUUAAAAAAAACGUCUUGAUAAAGUUUUCUCCCACAAAAAAAAAGUUUUUAUCUUUUAUUUCCCGCAUUAAAAUAGUAUUUUACUUUCUAAGUGAUGCUAUUUUAUAGAGUUUUACUUUGGUAAUUUGUUACUAUUUUAUCUUGGAAGAAUACUUAUGUUUUUGGGGGUGUCAUUCAAGAUGAGAACAAUUGGAUCAGUUGGAUUUUUAUGAGAAUUUUAAAGGAUAGAAGUCUGGAAAAGAUUUUUUUUCCCUGUAAGAUCAAGA